GUGCGGAGCUCCAGUCUGGAUCUUCCCCUCGCCGCGUCACCAGCUCCCGGUGAUUUGGUUAGGUUUGGUUGGGUUCAGCCCUCACUCUUUAUGACCAGCACCAUAAAGUGAUCCGGAAACAGCAGCAGCAGCAGCAGGAGCAGCUUGAACCCCGCGCUCCUCCUUUUCACCGCUGUGCGCCCCAGACGCGCUCUCUCCACUCCAGGAUGGACUCGCCUCCGUCUCCUUGUCUUCACCUCAGACGCUGACUGUGACUGCAGUAGUUUUGCUUUGGUUGGAGUUCGUGUUGGGAGAGAACGCGGCUGAUCUUUUUCUACAUUCUUUGAUUUGACUGCCAGUGCACACACACACACACACACACACACACACACACUCACUCCACACUCUCUGUGUGCACUCCUCCGACAUGGGAAUGUAUUUGCAUCUGCUGCUUUUGCAGUACUAUUUCGUCACGAGUUUUGUGUGCAACGCCGUCGCCUUCGUGGAGGAGCCGUCCGGGGGCAGGUCGGACGGGUACUGCGGGCGGAUCCUCCGGCCGCAAACCCAGGGAACCCGCAGGGAAGGGCACCAUGAGUUCAGGCUCAGGGUGGAGGGAGACCCGGAGACCUACCAACCUGGCUACACCUACAGAGUGGUUCUCCUGGCAGCCAGCCCGAAUUAUUUUAGAGGUUUCACCCUCAUCGCGCUGAAGGAGGGCAGAGAGGGCACCACGGACGACGACUACGCCGGACAGUUCCAGAUCAUCGAUGAGGAGGACACUCAGUUCAUGACCAACUGUCCGCCUGCAGUGACCGAGAGCACCCCUCGCAGACGCACCAGGAUACAGGUGCUCUGGACGGCGCCACCUACAGGGUCUGGCUGUAUUAUUCUGAAGGCCAGUAUUGUCCAGAAGAGAAUCAUCUAUUUCCAGGAAGAGGGUUCUCUCACCAUUCGGCUUUGUGAGAAAGAGCGCGUUUUUGGUGAAGCUACAGAAACUCCUGCCAUGGAAUGCUGCGCCUGUGGAACAGCCAAGUACAGACUCACCUUCUACGGCAACUGGUCAGAGAAAGUUCAUCCAAAAGACUAUCCAAGACGAGCCAAUCACUGGUCAGCUCUCAUCGGCGCAUCCCACUCCAGGAGUUACGUGCUGUGGGAGUACGGCGGCUAUGCCAGCGAGGGAGUGCGACAGGUCGCCGAGCUCGGCUCGCCCAUCAAGAUGGAAGAGGAGAUUCGACAAAAGGGAGAUGAAGUCCUGACUGUCAUUAAAACCAAGGCUCAGUGGCCGGCGUGGCAGCCGCUCAACAUGCGAGCAGCUCCGUCAGCAGAGUUUUCUGUGGACCGGACCCGUCACCUGAUGUCCUUCCUCACCAUGCUGGGGCCCAGUCCGGACUGGAACGUGGGGCUGUCGGGAGAAGACCUGUGCACCAAGGACUGCGGCUGGGUGCAGCGGCUGGUGACCGACCUCAUCCCCUGGGACGCCGGCACCGACAACGGCGUCACGUACGAGUCACCAAAUAAGCCCACCAUCCCCCAGGAGAAGAUCCGACCCCUCACCAGUCUGGAUCACCCCCAGAGUCCGUUCUAUGACCCUGAGGGCGGAGCUAUCACUCCUGUGGCGAAGCUGGUGGUGGAGCGCAUCGCCAGGAAGGGCGAACAAUGUAACGUGGUUCCAGACACCAUCGACGACAUUGUCGCUGAUAUUGGACAGGAGGAGAAGGAGAGAGACGACACGCCGGAGACGUGCAUCUACUCGGCCUGGUCCCCGUGGUCGGCGUGCAGCAGCGCCACGUGUGAGAAAGGACGGAGGAUGAGGCAGAGGAUGCUGAAGGCACAGCUGGACCUCAGCGUGCCGUGUCCACACACUCAGGAUUUCCAGCCCUGCAUGGGCCCGGGAUGCAGCAUGGAAGAACCUUCCACGUGUAUGAUGUCAGAGUGGAUCAGCUGGUCGGCGUGCAGCGUGUCCUGUGGGAUGGGCAUGAGGUCCAGGGAGCGAUACGUCAAACAGUAUCCAGAGGACGGAUCACUCUGCCAGCUGCAGACCGAGGAGACGGAGAAGUGUGUCGUCAACGAUGAAUGCUCUCCCAGCAGCUGUGUGGUGACGGAGUGGGCCGAGUGGGAUCCCUGCAGCGUCACCUGUGGACUCGGCAUGAGGAGACGCGAGCGCAUGGUGAAGAUGCCUCCCAUCGAUGGAUCCAUGUGUAAAACAGAGGUGGCGGAGGUGGAGAAGUGCAUGAUGCCGGAAUGCCACACCAUCCCGUGCAUGCUGUCUCCGUGGUCAGACUGGAGCGCGUGCAGUGUGACGUGCGGUCGCGGCAUUCGAACACGUCAGAGGAUGUUGAAGUCCGAUCCGGCGGAGUGCACCGAGGAGCUGGAGCAGACGGAGAAGUGCAUGCUGCCCGAGUGUCCCGUGGACUGCAUGGUCUCGGACUGGUCCGACUGGUCCGAGUGCAACAAGUCCUGCGGUAAGGGACACAUCAUCCGGACCCGCAUGGUCAAGCUGGAGCCGCAGUUCGGAGGCGGCGUGUGUCCCGAGACCAUCCAGAGGAAGAAGUGCAAGAUCAGGAAGUGCCGGACGAAAGCCAAGGAGGAGAGAGGAGGACGGGGAGGAGACGGAGGAAGGGGAGGAGAUGGAGGAGGAAUGAGGAGACGGCGAGGAAAGCAGGGCAAAGAAGCAGCGCUGGAGGAACAAAAAGGCUGCAGGAUGCAUCCAUGGAGCAGCUGGUCGGACUGUUCCAAACCAUGCGGCGGGGGGGUCCAAGAGCAUUUCAUGAUGGUGAGGAAGCGGUCGAAGGGCCCAGCGUCCAGCUGUAAGGAGCGGAGGGAGAUCCGUGCCUGUAACGUUCAUCCCUGCUAGGGGGCACUACUGAGCCACAGAGGAGCGGAGGCUUGAAUACAUUUAAAAUAUGAAAGUAUGCGUUUAUUCGAUCGUGUUGGAAGGUGAAGACGAUGAUGAUGAUGAUGAUGGGUUUGGAAAGUUUGGUCAAUUCGCUGUUUAGUGAAGCCAUUGUAGACGUUUAGUGAACAGGGCUGAAUUUACUUUAGGCCGCAGUGGAAAACUUUACAUUUAGAGAGUCGUGAUUGUGUCCUGCAAAAAAACAACAGUAGUUUUUCUUUUUUGUUAAUUUCCAUUAGCAAAAAGUUUCAUCGUCAACCUGGAAACAUGGAAUAUUUUUAAUUUCCUGGGAAUUCUCGUCAAAAUCAGCUCAUGUUUUCUGAGGAAAUUACUUAAUUUAAGUCUUACGUGCUGCCAUAAAAACGUGCCAUAUCUGUUACUGCACACAUCUACAAAAGAGUAUUAGUGCCACAUGUAAAAAACAAACAAAAACAGCAUGAAUUCUGUGAUUAAAGUCUAAAGAAUUCUGACUUUAUUCUCAGAAUUUGGUCUUUAAUGUCAUAAUUCAGACUUUAAUCUCAUAAUUAUGACUUUAAUCUCAUGCUGUUAUAUUGUUUUACUUGUGGCACUAAUUCUCUUCUGUACAUAAUCAUAGUCGAAUUCAUGACGUAGAUCCCGACUGAUGCGUCAUACAAAUAUAUAUUUUUCAUCAAUAUGUCUAAUUUAAAAAAAUAAAUGUAUCUGAGGCUUUUUAUUUUUUACAGUUUAAUCACAAACUUUAUCAUUUAUUAAAUUUAAAUGAAAGAAAACACAAAAACAACCAAAUAAAAGUAGAAUGUUGUACUUUAAAGAUCAUAAAAAACAUCUAACAUAAUUUAAUCACCUGCAGUUAUUAAUCAAUGCAUCGUUGUUGUUCUUUGUUGUUAUUAUUAUAAUAAUAACAAAUAUAUAUUUUUAGCUUCUCAAAUAUGAAUAAUGUUCUGCUUUCUUUGCUCUAAAUAAUUAAGCAAUAUAUUUAUUCUAAUCUGAUCUAUCUAAUCUGGUCUCUAGCUAAUCAAACCUUGUAAAGCAGUUGUUUUGAGUGUAACUGAAUCGUUAGAAUGAUCUAAUAUUUACAGCAAUUUCUAAAACUUAUUGAACCAAACAAGUCUUUUUUAAUCUGUUAUGAAAAUAAUCAUAAAUUCUUAAAAACGACUCAGUUUUAAAUUUUGCUUUGUUAUUUUUGUUAAAAAAAGAGAAAUUGUUCAUAUUUGCAAACAUUAACACACAAACAGCUUUCUAUAAUAUUAUAUCAAUACAUUUUUUAUCUGUUUUUAAUCAGUCGGGCUUUAAAAUGUCACAUUUCCAUGUUAGAAUUCAAACUUUCAGCCAAAAUGUUCAAUCCUUCAGAUUAUAAUUGUAUACAUGGCUUUGCGGUCAUUUUUGAGGGUAUUAACGUGCAUAAAAACUCUUGAAUCUUUGCAUGGAGGUCAGGUCUGGCAAAAAUGCCAUAUUGGUGAAAGGUGAAAACGGAGGCAAAAUUUUGUUCCACCGAAUUUCCUGAAACUUGGUGGGAAGAUGUUAUAGACCAAGGUGAACAAAAAAGUCAACCAUAACCAUGGCCUCAACUCAACAGGAAGUCAGCCAUUUUGAAUUUUGGUAUCCACUUUGGCGAGUUGCACCCUACGUAAAUGAGCAAACUCGUCCAAGCGCAUUUGUCGUACUGACAAAGUUGUAAAAGGUUGUCGAAAGGUUUUGUGGAUUCAAAAGGGCGUGGCCGCAGAAACUCUCUGCAUUUCGGUGAAUUUUGAGCAUUUGCCACAAAACAGGAAGUGCCCUUCAGCCCACGUUGAGUUCCACCAAAUUUCCCGAAACUUGGUGGGAAGAUGUUAAAGAUCAAGGCGAACAAAAAAGUUGACUGGCCUCAAAUCAACAGCAAGUUGGCCAUUUGGUUAAAGGCGGACACAUUAAAGGCGGAAAGUUGUCUAAAGGUUUUGCGGAUUCAAAAGUGAGGCCAGGGAACUGCUGCACUCCCCGAGGGUUCUUUCAUGACUGUGUGCAGUCCUCGUUCUUUCUUUGCAAGACUCACUCACUCACUCGCUCACUCAGUCAUGUCUCUGCAGUCGUGUGGAUGAACUGUAUCUUAUCUCCUAUCUAACCAACACGUAUAAAAUGACACUUGUAUGUAAGAACUAAACGAAGAAAAACAGUCCUGUUUUCUACUGUAAUCUAAUCUUGUCUUUUUACUGUGCUGCUGUUUCUCUGUGGUUGCAGCUCAUGUAGCAUUUUAAAACCUGCGACGGCUGUUUUCCCGCAGGAUUCUACGUUAGCAUGUGUGCGGAGCGUGAUUUUAUCGCGUUUUAUCGGCUGUAGAUGUUUCAAAACGACUGUAUCUGCCUCCACUGGCUCCUGAACACACCACCAGGUGGCGCCGACAGCUCAUCGUAAACUAGACUGUUAUCGAGGCCUUUGUUGAAAACACAUGCAUUUUCCUUUUAUUAUGAUUAUUAUUGUUAUUGUUAUGCUUUACAUCCUGACUGUAAUCUGUAAUUUUUUAAUCCCUGGCAGUUUAUAUUGUAGUUUAUUUCUGUUGUAAUUAUAGUUGUUGAUGUUUGUUUAUUUUCCUCUUCUUCACUUUUAUUUUUCUGCGACUCUGUGUCAUGUGACUAUUUUGUAAGAAACCACCUUUACAAUAAAAACCAUGUAAAUGUGAA